CAGUGACCUCAGUAAACAUUAUAGCGGACAGUACACCUAUAUGCACCCUAGGAAAUCAGCAGAAGUACCUUAUAUUGAUACUCACACACAAUACACAUCUAUACAUUUAUAUAAAUAUGAGACCCCUAACAGAAGAGGAGACUACGGUCGUAUUCGAGAAACUGGUUAAAUAUAUCGGAACGAAUCUGAAACACAUGAUCGACAGAGCGGAUGGAAACUACGUCUUCCGAAUGCAGAAAGACCGCGUGUACUAUGUGCGAGAAGAUAUCAUGCUCAGGGCCACAAACAUCGGCAGAGAACAAUUGGUUAGUCUGGGAGUCUGUCUGGGCAAAUUCACCGGCAGUGGGAAAUUUCGUCUGCAGAUCACAGCCCUCCCGCAAUUAGCACAAUACGCAAAGUACAAAGUGUGGCUUAAACCCCAGGCUGAGCAGUCGUUCCUCUACGGCAACCAUGUUAUGAAAUCAGGCCUUGGCCGCAUCACAGAAAGCACAGAGCAAUACUCUGGUGUUGUCAUAUUCAAUAUGCAAGACACGCCGUUGGGCUUUGGUGUAGCUGCUUACUCGACCGCGGACUGUCGUAAGGUAGAUCCGACCGCAACUGUGGCGUUUCACCAGUGUGACAUUGGACAAUAUUUGAGAGAAGAAGAUACUCUCAUGUAGAUUUAGCGUGAAAGGAAAACAUUGUACAUAGAUGGAUUCGGAUAAAAAUAAAGAAUUACACCCAGUAAAUUUCUAUAGGCGAUGAGUAUAGUUCCUAAGUAUUUUUUUG